AUGGAAAAUAACGAAGAAGAAAUUAUAUUACCAGCAUAUCAAGUAGUACUUUCAAAGAUCGAUACUGUUAUGCAAACAUUGGACUGCAAGACAAGUGAUCCCGAAUUCAAACGACCAACAAGAGGAAACAUUGUAAAGUCUGCCAAAACAUUAUCACAUGAAAUAACAAAGAUUUCAUUAUUACUACAAGAUUGCCGAGCAAAACCAGAGUUUUUCUCGAAUAUAGAAGAAUGUUUAGAUAAUCUAUUUUCAAUUUAUCAAGGAUUAUGUGGUUAUUCAGGAGCAUCAUUAUUUAGACAGAUUCAGAUAUAUUUCAAGAGAGUUUAUAAAUCACUUUACGAUACAUUAUAUACUUUUAUGGAGAAUGAAAAGCGUAUUGGUGAAGACGAAGAGAAUACAGUACCAAAAGAGAGAAUCGGAAUUGCUUGGAAAUCAUGUGAGUUGCUCGAGAAGAUUCCACUUAGAAACAGCAGUGCCAUCUGUGUGAGAAUGGAGGAACUUCUCACCAUGAUUAACGAUGCCUACGAUGAAGUCGACGAAGUCAACGAUGGAAUCGAAAACUACAAGAAAAGAAUGUCUGAACCUGCCAAUCCAGACGACGAAGAAGCAGAGGAAAAAUCAACAGAAAAAGGAGGAAAAGAAGAUAAAAAGACAAAUAAACAAGUUGAAAAAGAUGAUGAAGAUGAAGAGGAUGAAGAUGAAGAUGAUGAAGAUGAAGAUGAAUUGGAAUUUGUUGAUGACGGAGAAGACGACGAGGAAGAAGACGACGACUUUUUUAUUGAAGAUCAAGCAUUCACUGGAAGCAGUUCGAUGCGUAUGUUGAACGACGAAGAGAUGAAUGCUAUCGCUACCAUUUGGGAGUUGGCCGAGAAGUGCGUGGAGUACGUCGAUGAGUUUGAGACCUAUGUGAAGGACCGCGAGCCAACCAAACCCGAGGAUCUCGACGAUCUCUCCAGCGAUCUGAAGCCAGAGCAACUGGCAGUCUACGAGGAUCUCGUACUGCAAUUCGACGAGCUCUCCAAGACCGUCGACGACGUCGUCAGUGGAAUCUACCCACCACAAAACGCCUAUUUCAUCAGCGGUCAAAUCGAGUACCUCCAAUCGAAACUCAACAAAAUGGCCAAAACCUUCAAGGACAACAACAUCGAAUUUCGUAACUACGCUCACCAAGAGGUUAUCGAUAAACUAUUGACAGCAACCAAAAUUGAAAAAUAA